GCCUGAGCUGCAUUCUGUAGAGCCGGACUAGUCAGCGGCCAACGGCUUGCCUCAGCCGAGCUCGCGGAAGUAGGAGCGCGUGCAUCCCAAAGGCAGUCGUGAAGCCGGGAGCUUUCAGGAACGGUGUUCGUUUCCGCGCGCGCACGCCCUGUUUUGGAAAGUUACCGUCGCACAAGGGACGCAGCAGCUCCACAGGGAACAUGGCGAGUGUCAAACAUGGAACCGAAGGGACGAGCGGCGGCGGCGGCGGCGGCGAAGAGGAGAGCUUUGAAGAUGCCUUUGAAAACAUCCCAGUAGCCACCAAGAUGGAUCUCAAGUGUGCUUUGGAGGAGUGUACAAUGGCAUUAAAUUUAUUUCUAAACAACAAAUUCUCAGAAGCUCUAGAAUUACUUCGUCCAUGGUCGAAAGACAGUAUGUACCAUGCUCUAGGAUACAGCACUAUUUUAGUUAUGCAGGCUGCUAUGACCUUUGAACAGCAGGAUAUCCAAAUAGGACUUGCUACAAUGAAAGAAGCUUUACAAACCUGCCAAAAAUUCAGGAAAAGAAACACAGUGGUGGAAUCACUGUCCAGUUUAGUUUCAAAGCAGUCCGUAGAGCAACUGAGCGACGAGGAAAUGCAUGCAGAGAUCUGCUAUGCUGAAUGUCUACUACAGAAAGCAGCUCUGACAUUUGUACAGGAUGAAAAUAUGAUCAACUUCAUAAAGGGUGGCCUCAAAAUUAGAACAAGUUAUCAAAUAUACAAGGCUUGCUUGUCGCUACAACGUGGAUGUAUUGGAGCUGCUCCUCUCCAAAGUUCAAAGGAAGACUGCAGAGGAAUAAGAGAAUGUCAUCAAGUUCUACAGAUGACCCAGGAUAGCAAAAGCACAAAUGAAACCUACUACCAGUUUGAAGGGGGUGUACAACUAGGGAUAGGAGCAUUCAAUUUGAUGUUGUCUCUUUUACCAGGAAGAAUCCUCCGACUUCUAGAAUUUAUUGGAUUUUCAGGCAAUAGGGAGCUGGGUCUCCAACAAUUACGAGAAGGAGCUUCUGGUGCCAGUCUGCGGGCCAUACUGUGUAGUUUCACUCUGCUGUUAUACCACACCUACGUUUCAUUAAUCCUGGGAACAGGGGAAUCCAACCUCUUAGAAGCAGAAGCCCUCCUUCAGCCUUAUCUCAAGAAGUUUCCAAAAGGUGCACUCAUUCUAUUUUAUGAUGCCAGAAUAGAUAUCUUAAAAGGCAAUUUUGAAAAGGCUCAGGUGACAUUCCAGGAAUGUAUUGCAGCCCAGCAAGAGUGGAAACAGAUACAUCACCUCUGCUACUGGGAACUGAUGUGGUGCUAUUCCUUCCAGCAGAACUGGCUUCAAGCAUAUCAGUAUGCAGAUCUGCUUUGCAAAGAAAGCAGGUGGUCAAAGGCAAUUUACAUGUUCCAGAAAGCUGCCAUUUUGUGUAUGCUUCCAGAAGAUGAUGUGAAAACAACAGGAGAAGAUAUUGUAGCUUUGUUCAGACAAGUAGAAGGCCUGAAACAAAGAAUUGCAGGAAAAUCUAUACCAACAGAGAAGUUUGCUGUGAGGAAAGCUCGACGCUAUGCAGGGUCUCAACCUGUGAAGCUAGUAGUACCUGCUCUGGAAAUGAUGUAUGUCUGGAAUGGUUUUUCGAUUGUUGGCAAGAGAAUUGACCUUACUGAAAAUUUGCUGGUAACAAUUGAAAAAGAAGAAACUGCUUUAAAAAAUGAACCUAAUCACAAUGAAUACUACAUGGAUGACAUCUGCCUAUUGCAGCUGCUGAAAGGUCUGUGUUUGAAACAUUUAGGAAGACUUCUGCAAUCAGAACUUUGCUUCAAUCAAGUUAUUCAGAGUGAGAAGCAACUGAAAUAUGAUAAUUAUCUAGUACCAUACACAAUGUAUGAACUGGGCCUUCUGUACAAAGAACAGGAUGAAAGAGAAAAAGCAAUACGUUUUAUAGAAGCUGCAAAAAAUAACUAUAAGGAUUAUUCCAUGGAAUCCAGAUUACACUUCCGAAUCCAUGCAGCACUUAAUAGCCUGAAAGUGACUCCUGCUCCAACACCUUGAUGUCAUCUAAGGAUAAUGCAUAGCACAAGUGUCUACAAGUUAUUAGAACAUUUUAAAAAAAUCAUGUAAAUGAUGUAACAAAAGAGAACUAGUAGUUUAUAUUUUCUAUCAUUUGUGAUAUUUGUAUGUUUGUCAUUCAUUUAUGCUGUUCUUUUUCUAUGGUGCCCCUUCCAUAUUUCUGCUUGGCAUUUAGAGGAAGACUUUACAUUUUGUUUAUAAAAGGAUUAAUUUAAUGUUUGAUGUGAAAGGGAGUAUUUUAAAAGACAAAUUGCUGGUGCAAUAAAGAGUACUUUCAACACUUUAUUUUUUAUAAGAAGACUAAUAUUGUUUAUGCAUUGAAACUGUGCAACAGUUCUUGUACGUAGUUUCAGCAUUCCAUGAAAGCUUGAAUUUCUGCAAUACCUUUUUAUUAGAACUUGUUAGUCCUGAUUUUAAAGGAAAAAGUUGGCUGCUGGUAGCCUUGGUAAUGUUUGGCGAUUGAUGCUUAGAUUUACAUACCAAAGAUUUGACAUCAUAUCAUAGCCAAAAAAGAUGAAUGGCUUAAAGUCACUUCAUGAAUGUUAGCUUGAUUUCCAGUGCAAUAUUUUGAAAAUAUAUAUCUGAAUAUAUUUAAGGAAAGUCAGGGUUUUUAGGUUGCUCUCUAAAGCUGUUUUGAUGAUACAUUCAAAGGGUGUUUCUCACUUGUUAAUAAAUGCAGCAGUUAAGUUGCUUGUCCUACUAUAUGUGUUUAAUUCACUGAUACUACUGCAAAUGAACUGUACAGUGAGAGAAUGUUUCCAGUCUUCUAAGGGCAUUUGAUUAUCCUCUAUUCCUGCCACCAAAGGUUGGUAGGUUUUGGUACUACUUUUAAGUUUGUGAGGGCUGACUCCUUAAAUUCCAGGUUUGGGAUUAGUAUUUCUGAAAGAGACUGACACCUAUUAAACUAUAUUAAGCCUAUUCUAGCUGCAAGAAAUGCUCCCAAACCAGAUGAUGUUCUUAUUGAUCAGCUGUUAAUAAGAUGACCAUCCUGUGUACAUAAAGUAUUCUGUUUUAUGGAACCUGCAGGCAGAUGCUGUUUUCUGACAGUAUGUAUACAAUUUCUGUUUGGGUCAUCCUUUUACCAAUAUAAUUAAAUGCUAAUAAGCAAAUUCUGUUAAGGACUAGAUCUAUCAGUUGUGUUUACAGACUGUAUAUAUUAUUAGUAGUAACAGUACUGUUAGUACAGUUUGAAGUGAAAAUUUUGCCUUGCCGUUGGGCCCUCUUUAUACUUGUGUUAUUAAUUACGUGCUGCUAAAUAAAUGAGACUUUGAGGCAGUUAAGUUUUAAAUAUAACUUAUAUAAACACAAUCAUGCUGAUGGAUAUUGGACAUAGUCUUUCUUCAGAAGCAGCAGUUAUAAGAAUGACAGAACAACUUGGCCUGGGUUUCUUUCCCAAAUUAAUAAAUGCCUUUAUCUUUGUGAUGGUGGAAUUUCGGAGGUUACAUUGCACAGCGUGCUUUGGUUGUUGUCAGAUUUCAUUCUUCUAUACUUUUUUUGCAAUCUUUCUUUGCAGUUUAACUUUUGAUGCCUCAAAUUUGCUAAGAGAUUAUGUAGUUCUUCUCUCUCUCCCCCCUCCCUCCUAUUUCUGUGUCAUGAUGUUUUACUAUCACUUUAACAAAAUUUUGAGAGCGCAAGUCUUUGCUACAUUCAGGAUGAAUUGAAAGAAGGAGAGAGUUUGUGCCAAAUCCAAGGAUUACUUUUCAUAUCACUUUUCCGGAUAGUGUAUUAAUACUUAUGCCAGGAAAAGCCCAUAUAAAGCAUAACUCAAAUAUGACAAAUAGCUUUUAGCUUUCAAACUAUGGCAUAGGAAGAAUGUUCAACACAUUUUUUAAAAAAUCCAAUAUAGGCUUUUCAGGUGUAAGCAUCUGUGACUGUAAAACUAAAAGUCUUGUUUUGACUUGCUAACAACUGUUUUGGUAUUUUAAUGUUAUCGUUUCUCAAAUGCCCAGGCCACAGGUAUUCUUAAAAUAUCAUUGUAAAUCAGAAUCCUUUUGUGUAUUUCUGUAUGCAGAGUUCCAUGUACAAGACUUUGUUAAUAUUGCUGGAUUAUUUAAAUACCUACUGUUAGGCAAGAACCUAAUAAACAUAUGUGGAGUCAAUUUUAUGUUUAAAUAGAUGGUGAUGUCAAAUAUAUGGAUGCAAAUUCAAUAUGGAUUAAAUCAGUCUUUUCCCACUAGUUUGUCAUUUUAUGUUAAAAUUGUUAUAGAAAUUAUAUGCUUAUACUGUAUAUUUAAAUAUUGAUUCUCUUGUGACACAUUGCUUAUAUAUACACUAUAUUGUAUUUUAGUAUCUUGUAAUGGUUUCUACCUUUUAAGAGACAUAUUAAAGAGAGAUGUGUUUUAGAAAGGAGCAAAUGAGCCUGAUAAAGAAUUUCAUUGGUAUAUAAAUUCUAAUGCUUAUGGUUGUCAACUCUAUUGCUUCUUUAUACAGGGCAGGAAAUAAUAUGGUUACCAGAUUUGCUAAUUGCAACAUAAUGAUAAACAACUAUUAUACAUGGAACAGAUUCAUUCUCUGGGUCUGUUCCCAUACAGAACUUGACGGUGAAUGUAAUUUUUGUUGUUGUUUAAAUUAACCCACCGCAUAACUAAAAAAUGCUCUUACUGCCAUGAAACUAUUUUUUGCUGAAUAUAUUUACAACCUGAUCCUAUGUGCGUUUGUAUGUAUAUGUAUAACUUCUUUUUGGUUCACUGGAAGUUUAUUUCAAGUGUACGCAGGAUUGUAGCCUCAGAAUACUAUACUCUAAAUUAUAGUGAUGUUACACAAUAUUUAUAGCACUGUAACCAAGCAGAGCCUGGGC